UAUUAUUAUUAUUAUUAUUAUUAUUAUUAUAAUAUUACAUUCAGGUGGACACACCACUGGUUUCAUCUUCUUUCUAUUCUUUUCCACACUCAGUGUUAUUCACCUUUAAUACUCACCUUUUUCAGUGUAACACAUAUUUUUAUCUUGUGAUCUUCAUAUGAAAAGAGGUAUAACAAUUUAAUAAAUAAAUCCCAGUUGGAACAGAGCUAGAAUAUCCAGAAGCCCUUGGCCACCCAGGGCAAAGGAGGAAGAACAGUGAGAGAGGCCUGGACAGGGAAUCUCCGCUAAGAUAAGCCAGUGUCAGGAGGCAGGUGCGAGACCCGGUGGCAUAUAAUUAUUAUAAAUCAUAAUGGGGGUGGGUGUCUCAGUCUGGCAUUCCCAGCAGUCAGGCUUCAGCUGCUUUCCUUCUGCAUCUCCAGCUCUCUCCAUUCAAGAAUGCAAGGCUGAGAGAUGGAGGUCCAACCCCAAGAACAUUCUCCAACUGAGCGUUCCUUCAACCGACCACAAGCACCAAGCCUUGUCACUAGACUUAUAUAUGGGUCUCCCAAAAUGGUCAGUAUGGACCUCCUGAGGCCAAAGGGACUGUGCAGGUGAUGAAUAAAGAUCUAGAGGUCGAAGGGGACAAAAUGUGGCCCAAGGGGUGGAGGAUUAUAGUGCAGCAGAUGAAGAACUUCAUGAUGAAUUUAGGAUCCUGAUUAAUAUUGGCCAGGUUCAUGGAACAUAGAGCAGCUCCCGUUCCUGUGAGAAACCACUUUUUAUAAAACGUAAACCCCACAUUUCAACCGUAUUCUAAGAUAAUGCUGAUUCAUUAAUGCUUAAUUAAGGGUUAGGAAAGGCUGAUGAUGCAUUACCAUUAUUUAACAUUAUUUCAUCUGUGUUUCCUAAACAAUUGGAACAUAUGGAGGACAGGAAAGAAUGUACGAGACGUCAAAAUAAGAGCAGGUGCUAAUUGAUGUGUGUAAUACUCCUUUGUUCUCUUCCUAGGUUUCCUUUCUCCCCCGCUCCUCCCUGUUGAAAGAAGACAAUGGAGAAGGCAGUCAAAAUUCUGGAGGGCCAUGUCCAGUGGGAAUAACAAAGAAACCAUAUAAAUUCAUGGAAUGUGAAAAGAGAGAGGAGAAACAAUUUGAAAGUAUGGAGUGUGGGAAGAGUUUCACUGACAGUGGAACACUUGGAAAACAUCAACGGACUCACACAGGGGAGAAACCAUUUAAAUGCAUGGAGUGUGGAAAAAGCUUUGGUUGGAGUUCAAACCUUCGUAUACAUAAACACACUCACACGGGGGAGAAACCAUAUAAAUGUAAGGAGUGUGGAAAGAGCUUCAGUCAGAUUGGACACCUUAGAAACCAUCAACGAACCCACACAGGGGAAAAACCAUAUAAAUGUAUGGAGUGUGGAAACAGCUUCACCGAUAGUGGAACACUUAGAAAACAUCAACAGACACACAUGGGCGAGAAAACAUUCAAAUGCAUGGAAUGUGGAAAGAGCUUCAGUCAGAGGAGAAGCCUUAGAAUCCAUCAACGGAUUCACACAGGGGAGAAACCAUUUAAAUGUUUGGAGUGUGGAAAGAGUUUCAGUACAAAUAGAGGACUGAAUAUUCAUCAUAAAACUCACACUGGGGAAAAACCAUUUGAAUGUAUGCUGUGUGAUAAGAGCUUCACUGAGAGUAGAAAACUUAGAAUCCAUCAUCGAACUCACACAGGGGAAAAACCAUAUAAAUGUAUGAAUUGUGGAAAGAGAUUCAGGCACAGUGAAACACUAAGAAAACAUCAACGGACUCACACAGGAGAGAAACCAUUUAAAUGCAUGGAAUGUGGAAAGAGCUUUAUUGACGGUACAGCACUUAGUAUCCAUCAUCAAACUCACACAGGGGAGAAACCAUUUGAAUGUAUGGAUUGUGGAAAAAGCUUCAAUCGCAGUGGAACACUUAGACUCCAUCAACGGACUCACACAGGGGAGAAACCGUUUAAUUGCAUGGAUUGCGGUAAGAACUUCCUUGAUCGUGGAACACUUAGAAUCCAUCAACGGACUCACACAGGGGAAAAACCAUUUGAAUGUAAGGAGUGUGGAAAGGGCUUCACUUCUAAGGGUGCAGUAAAAAGACAUCAGUGGACUCACUCAGGGGAAAAACCAUUAAAAUGCAUGGAAUGUGGAAAGAGUUUUAUUCAGAGGAGAGAGCUGAGAGCCCAUUAUCGAACUCACACUGGGGAGAAACCAUUUAAAUGCACCGAGUGCGGAAAGAGCUUCAAUCGCAGUGGAACACUUAGAAAACAUCAAUGGACUCACACAGGGGAGAAACCAUUUAAAUGUAAGGAGUGUGGAAAGGGCUUCACCAAUGUUGGAAAUGUUAGAAGACAUCAACGGACUCACACGGGAGAAACCAUUUAAAUGUAUGGAGAGUUGAAAGAGUUUCUUUCAGAGUGGAACCCUAAUUUCACACACAGGAAACUUAGAUGACAUCAACAGACUCACUCGGGGACAAGCAAAUAAAUGUAUGGAGUGUGGAAGCAGCGUCAAUAGAAGUGGAAACCUUAGCAAACAUCAGCGAACUCAAAAAGGGAAAACCACUUACGUAUAUGGAGCGUACAUAGAGCUUCAGUCCUGAUGUUCUUAGAAACCAUCAAUGGACUCGCAAGGAGGAAAAGCUUUAAGAGUUGAAACCCUACAAUCCACAAACAGAAAAAUCUAAAAUGGUUUGAAUGGAAGGAGUGUGGUGCUGGGAUGGAUGCUGGGAUGUUUUUGCCUCUACGCAUGGGUCUGGGAAUGUUCUGAUCAGUUCACAUUGAGUUCAGUACCCUGACCUGUUCUUAACGCAUUGUUGACCACAUCUACGGAACGCGAUUGUUAUGUUCUUUCAUGUCAUGCAAAAUCAAUCAUUAGUAAUAGUUUAAGUCUUGAUACUCAAUCACUAGUUAAUAGUUUAAUAAGGAGGUUUCACGCCUGUCCAAUUCUGUGUUCCCUUUCCCACCCUUUAAUCUAUUGAUGAUUAAUACCUAUAUUCAACCCUUGCAUUGUAUUCAUGUUAACCAAUCAGCAACAAGCACAUAUGUAAUGCUGUAAUAUUCAAUAAAAGGGACUCUCCGAGACUUGCUCGAGAGAUGCCUCCCGUAUGACA